CACCUUUUUAACAUUUCCUGAACACUUUUUAUGGACCCUAGAAGAUUUCUCCUUGAUUUCUCUUUUUAUAUAUUCAUUUAUUUAUUUAUUUAUGUAUUUAUGAUGAGACACAGUGGUAAUAGAAACCCACACCCUCGCAAUGAAGAGUACAAGAUGUCACACAUGCACUCAGUUUGUUUCAGCUAGUUUCCCAGCAGAGCACACACACCCUUCACAUUAAAAUAUUCCUCUAAUAUCACUACAACAAAGAAAUAACUCCAAGUACGUCAUUGUCAUCAAUCUAAAUGACGUGUGUGUGUGUGUGUGUGUGUGUGUGAGAGAGAGAGAGAGAGAGCAAGGGAGGGAGGGAGAGCCGGAGGAAGGCUUGAGGUUGAACGCAUAGGUUGAUGAGUGAACUAGUGACAAGCGCUAUAUAAGCUUGUGUCUACUGAAUAAGAGAGAAUAAGAAGAGGAAACUCAAGUCUGCUCAGAAGAAAAGAUAAACAGAGGUGUGAUCGGGCUCAACAGAACUCAGAAACAAUAAGGAAAACCAGCAGGAUCUGAAACACUCAUCAGAUCUGAGAAGCAACUCCUGACAAACUGCUCGUUUUGUUUAGUUUCAGCAAAGUGAAAAAAUGCUCUGGAGGUUGAGUCUUGCCGUGGCCAUGGUGUGUGUCGGUGGCAUAUGCAGCUGUGCGAAGGCUGAUGUGAUGAGCAGACUGAUCGCACCAAGGGACUACGGGGUGAAAUUGUGUGGGAGAGAGUUCAUCAGAGCCGUCAUUUUCACCUGCGGCGGCUCCCGGUGGAAACGCUCCGUAGAGGGAGACUUGGACCCCUUACAGUGGAGUUCCCUCAGUGACGUUACAGUGGAGGACAACCAGCACACAUGGCAACGUGGCUCAGAGCUCACAGACAGCCGUUCUCCUCUCCACGUUCCCUCCUCUUACUCCCUGGCGGAUCUCCUGGCCCUUUACGGGGCAUUAGGAGACUGGCAGCAGCCGAGUGACCCCAACUCAUGGGAGAAGUCUCAGCAGCUCACAGUUUUAGGCAAGCAAGAAGGUAACCCACAGGCUGCUGACUGGCCUGUACCCAGCAAGAAGAAGAGGAACUUUUCUCUGGGUGUGGCAGGGAUGUGCUGUAACCAGGGCUGCACUAAGAAUGAUAUCGGACGCUUGUGCUGA